CUCCUCUCCUCGCCCUCCCCCCCCAUCCCAUCCCAUACAGAUCGACCAUGGCCUCAUCCUGGCAGGACAGCGAUUGGCAAACCAUGUGCUUGCUGAUCAAGGAGAGUCAGAACGUCGACGGCGGCCUUUGGACGCAGUACAUCGAGCGGGCCUCCAAGACCAAGCGCGACCCCACAUGCCACGACUGGGAGUUUCUCGCACGGUUCCUCACCACGGCCGCCGGCAGCAACCCCGUCGUGUCGGCCAUGGCCCACCGGGCGCUGCAGGCCAAGCAGUACGAGGCCGACAAGACCUGGGACGCCCUCGUCAUGGCCACGCAGGGCCACCCCUACUUCCACAGAUUCUACGGACCACAGAUCUACACCAGCGAGGACCUCCCUGGCUGGGUGCGGGCGCAGGCGUCGACCAAGGUGCCGCAGGAGCGCAAAGUGCUGGCCAUCAAGACCAUCAUGGUGCGGACAAGCGAGGACGCGCGAGCGGUGCUGCGGUGCGUGCUGGUUGACGCCGACGGCAAGGUGGUGCUUGACGACUGGGUCAAGCCGUACGGCUCCAUCACCGACGACGUCAAGGCCUUUGGCACCACCCCGGAGCAGAUCGAGGCCACCUCGACGAUGCGCGAGCAGCUGCAGCAGAAGCUGCUCAAGCUCAUCAGCCCCGACACCAUCCUGCUGGGCCACAACACGGCGCAGGACCUGUGUGCCAUCCGGCUGCACCACGCCAAGAUCGUCGAUGUGGGCCUGCUGUGCCGCUCCUUCGACAACCCCCGCCACGCCCCCACACUCAAGGAGAUCUACGAGACCAUCGCGCGCGACAACGAAGCCAUGGGCCCGCGCGACACUGACGACAGCGAACCCGCGUCGGCGGCCCGCGUGCUGGUGGACGUGGGUCGUCACCUGAAGGACCACCGGAUGGACAAGCCCAAGAGCCACCCCACCCCCAAAAACGUCGACAACGGCGGACGGCAGGAGCAGCAGUCCAAGCUCUUCGUCCACAAGAUCCCACGCAUGGUGCGGCCGGAGGAGAUCCAGGCCCUCUUCCAGCCACAGCCGGUCGUCGGCAACAUCAAGAUGUCGUCUGGCGGCACCUGGUCGGCCCUCCUGGACUUCGGCAGCCCCGCUCUCGCCAUGGCCAUGUUCGACAGCGUGCCGGGCAGCACGGGCCAGGACACACGGGGGCGGGCGCAGAAGUCCCUGUACAUCCCACUGAUGUUCAACAGCAGCGACACCCAGUACGUGGAGAUCAAGAUACAAAAGGCCGGCUGAGGCAGGGAGGGAGGCAGGGAGGGAGAGAGGGAGGGUGGGGGGAUCGGAUGGGUCUUUGUUUGUUUGAUGGCCGAGUGAGGGAUGGGUGUCUGUCUGUCCGUGUACCUACUGUCUGUCUGAGUGCUUCCCACUGCUCCAGUGUUCCCUCGUUGUGGUUUUCCUUCCCGUGUGUGACACGUAUACAGUACCUGACAGUGCAGUGCGUGCCAGGCUGCCCUCCCCUCCCUCCCUCCCCUCCCGCCCUGCACACAGCCAGACAGACAGCCAGCUUCCCUUCCCACUGGCUGUGAAUGAAGUGGCGCCACGCACCCACCCCCCAUGCAUCCCUCUCCUUGUGUGCUGUGACGUGUGGUUGAGCGGGGAGACCAUUUGUUUUUUCGUUUUCGCACGCGUUAUCGGAUCAUGUCAUCUGUCCGGUGGGUGAUGGGUGGGUGGAUGGGGGUGUGGGGCGGGGAGGGAGGCAGGGAGGGAGGCAGGGAGGGCAGACAAGACAGGCGCGUCGUUUUGAAAACAGCCAGCAGACUGGAGUGUGUCGUGUUGCCUGCCCCUUGUCGCUUCGUCUCUGUCCUUCCGUCGCUUCCUUCGUUGGCUGCCUCCCUCCCCUUUGUCCCAUUCAGACAAGGAGAGUCUGCUGGCCAGUCGAUCGACGCACGUGACGAAGCGGCAGCAGCAGCUGGUCUCCAAGUGCACACCCAUGUAAGUAAAGACAGCGACUGUGACGAGGGGGGUGUGGCGGCAUUCAUGAAUGGGGAACGGUAUUUGUGGAUCGGAUCCCUCCCCUCCCCUCCCCUCCUCCCUCCUGCAUGCAAUCUCAUCACCUAAGCAAGUAAGGGGUGUCUCUGUCUGCCUGCCUGCCUGCCUGUGUGCUUGUCUGUCUGUCUGUCGAUCUCGAUCUGCAUCACCCACCUUUUUUCCUGCAUGUCGUGUGCGUGGCCAUGGGUGCGGUGCACGCAUGAGGGGAGGUCUCGGUGAUGGAUGGAGAUACUAGGGCUGCCUGGCCUGCGGAUUUUUGGCUCUCGGACAGACAGACAGACAGACAUGAUAGAACCGAUGGAACAGAUUAACAACAUCCACCAUGUUUGUUUGUAAUGUGUAUGUCUGUCUGUC